AUGAUAUUCGAAUUCUUACCCAAUGAAACUCUUAUUGAAUGCUUUAAAUAUUUGAAUGCAUUCGAUCUGUUUUAUUCAUUUGAUGGGUUAAACUCUCGUUUGAAUAAUCUUAUUCGUAAUGUUCGACUUUAUAUUAACUUCGAAGAUGUUAAUAAAACAAUAUUUGAUAAAUUUUGUGCAAAAAUGUUGAUCGAUUCAAAUAUUCGAAAUCAAAUCUAUUCAAUCGAAAUAUUAAAUGAUGAUCAAUGUUUUCAAUGCAAUUUAUUUUUCUCAUCUUUUCCACCAAAUAAAUUUCCAAAUCUUCAAAGAUUUAUAUCGAUAUAUCCAUUAUUAGGAGAUGAAGAAGAUUAUUUCGCAUAUAAUUAUGAUAUAUAUGAAUAUCGUCCUCGACCGAAAAAUGAUGAUGAGCAGAUACAUCUUAAAAUCAAACAAAGUGAUCUACCAUUAUCUCAAUUACGAACAUUAUCUAUCUUAAAUUUGGUUUCACUUAGAUCAAAUAUUCAUCAAACAUCAAUCAUCAGUUUAACGAUUUUAAAAUUUUAUUUAAAAGAUUCUGAAUGUCUUUUUAAUAACCUUCCUAUGUUAAACUAUUUACACAUUAAAUCUAUUGAUCGUUGUCGUGAAAAGAAUCUUAACAUAUUAUCAAAUUAUCAAUAUAGUUGUCAUCUAAAACAAUUAAUUAUUGGUCAAUUUAACGAAAAGUUCGAGAACUUUGAAAUGUUUGUAAAACAAACACCAAAUUUAAAAAGUUUAACAUUCAUAAGUCAUGAUAAUCAUGAUAUUUAUAUCAUUGAUGCUAAUCGUUGGGAAUAUUUAAUAGUAUCUU